AUGUCCCUAAUCCGACUGAAAUCAAGAUUUUCAUCCGCCUUGAAAUUGCAAUGUUUGAAAAGGAUCAGCAGCGGCUCUCUGACUUUCAUACGUGCAAACACGUCUAGAGCUCAGCGUCGAACAAUGUCAGAAACAGCCACUCUCAGAAAUACUGAUUUGAGAGCAAUAACUCUUGACGAGCUCUUCAAGCAUACGUCUGGUCGAUGGCUGGUCAACGAAGAGUGUCAAAUCGCACAGCAUUAUGUUCAAUUUGAUAUCGAAAAGCUCUGUCGUCUGGCUGCAUCUCUCUUCAGUAACCAGACCAAGUGUGCGCGUGUAACCAAAAUAGAAGGGAACUAUAAUAUAGCUCUGCUCAUCACGAUGGACGAUGGAAAUGAGGUUAUAGCCAAAAUACCGUGCCCCAAUGCCGGGCUUCCUUUUUAUAGGACAGCUUCUGAGGUUGCGACUUUGGAAUUUUUGCAAUCGCUUACAACCAUUCGUGUCCCGAAGGUCCUUGCUUGGAGCUCAAGGUCGGAUAAUCCUAUAGGCGUGGAGUACAUCAUUAUGGAAAAGAUCCCCGGAAUUCCUUUGACUGAAAGGUGGGAGACAAUGAAUCUCUUAGAGUGUUACAAAAUAAUCGAUCAGAUUGUCGAUAUGGAAAAAGAGCUUAAAAGCUUGAAAUAUCCAGCAUACGGGAGCAUCUAUUUGCGAGAUGACGUGUCCAAUGAAUUUCAAGGCUGCCCUUUCCCUUCCGUUCAGGACCCUGCUCAAUUAUUUUGCGUGGGUCCAUAUUGUAAUGGAAUCUCGUUGCUUGAGAACGUUGACAAGUCUGCCACAGAUGCAGGGCCUUGGUUGUCUUUUGAUGACUAUACAUGUUCAAUACCUCAAUGCGAAUUGGAUUUCAUUGCAAAAUUCCCCUCUAAAUCAGUUGACGAAUACGGCACUCUCUUAGCAAAGGCAUCGAGCAUAUUUCCUGCAUUGUCGCGCGAUCCGCGCGUGACCAAGCUGUCAAGCCCUUUUUUGAGGCACCCUUACCUUGAUCUUAGCAAUAUUUUGAUAUCUCCAGACGAUGCUACUGCUAUUCAAGGAAUUGUUGAUUGGCAAUCAUCCAAAAUUACCCCUCUAUUUGUCCAAGCUCAUUUCCCCGAUUUUGUUAUACCACCUAAAGAUUAUAUUCUGGGCCCGGGCAUCCCAACUCUGCCAGAAGAUUUCGAUAAACUGAGCUCUGAACAACAGGAACAAGCUGUACGAAACAACAGGUUGGCAACACUCUCCAAGUACUACGAGAUGGUUACCCUUAUACGCAAUGAAAGCGUCCACGAUGCCUUGGUACUUGAUCGGAGGCUGUCAGAGCUAUUUACAUGCUACGAGUUGUUCCCUGACGGCACUCUCGUUCCUCUGCGUAACUGUCUAAUACGUGUUUUCCAAGACUGGGCUCAUCUAGGGCUACCUGGGCAAUGCCCCUUUGGGUUUACAAAAGAGGAACUGGAGAGGCACGGCGAGCAUCUUGUAACAGAACAGCUCCGUACAGACAACACAGGCUGGUAUCUAUAUGAUAUGUUUAUUGAUACAAUGAGUGAAGAAAUGUCGCCAGAGGCGGCUGCAAAGAAAUGGCCUUUUCCACCUGAAGAUGUAUGA